GGUGAACCUCGGGAUAAACAGAAAGACUAAUAUUAGCGUAAAAGCACUGUAGCAAAGCUUUUGAUAACAACUAAUUCAUGAAGACAUUUUUAUUUGGAAAAGAUAAAGCCUCAUGUAAGGCAUAAUAAGUGAAUGAAGAAAGAAAGGAAGAGAGAUUUUUAUUGCCAUGCAGGUGCAGGUUUCCCUCCUUCCAUUGCUGUUUUCACACUUGUGCAUGUUGUAUAGCCUAAUUUUAUGAUGAGGUGUGUCAGCUUUUCUUGCUCUCACACUCACAUGCAACCUAAAAAGCCAAACACAGCUGACUUUUUAGCAGUAUAAAAGCACUUGUAUCAGCCCUCUGUCCUCAUGAACCAACGUGCAACGAGCCAUGCUGAUGCUCACGAGAGUUUUACUUAUUACAGUACACUUCGUUUUGCCCAUAUGGGGAAAUGUUUUGCGACUUCAGAAGAGAGAUUGGAUGGGCAGUCCAUCUGCAAGCAUGACAGAGGGAGAUGUGGAAUGUUUCUCUGAGUACAUGGAACUUUGGAUCCAUAGAAUGAGAAUUGAGGGAUUGAGGCUUUGGCUUUCUGGAAUAUUAAGGAUUCAAGUGGGUCUGGUGUCCAUGGAGAAUCUAAACCAUCAGCUGUCUUCAUGUGGCUUUGCCCUGCACAGAGAUCUAGACAAGAACUACAUCUUCAGAGUCAUGUACAGUGGAUGUUUUGUACAGUUAGAGGUCAGAAAAUAUCCCUGUUUGUCACUAAAACAUAUUGUGUUACAGGUAAAAAUCUGUCCCUUUUUUAUCACUGCAUCACAGAAUAACAUGAUUUUUCAGCAUGGCAGUUAUGUGAUUGUGCUGAACCUGCUGAAGAGAGUAAGUCGUUUUGGAGGCAGGACUCAAAAGUUUAUGAUGAAGUGUCCAGCGGUGUUAGCGCCUCCUAACAGAGAGUACAUCCAGUGUGAUUCAGACUUCAUUCAGGUUACCAGAGAGAUCCCUGUGGAUAACUGGAAUAAUGAGCUCGACUGGUCUCUGGCCUUGAGAGGGAGUCUGGUGGUGGCUUUGGAGGAUUCCAGUCUUAUUCAAGUAAAUGUUGAAAUGCACAAACCAAACAUAACAGUUCAAGGGAGGAGGGACACCGUCUUAAGUCCUGUGCAGGUUUUCAAAUCUGAAGGACAUUUCUUACCUCUCAAACUGGUCAGUGGCCAUUAUGCCUACAGCAUGGAGGCGACCUGCCCAAAUGUGAACCAGUUGCCAUCUAAAGACACGGUGCUACAUAUCUAUAAACGGCGCAUGGGCUUGACCAAGAGAGGUGGAUAUCAAAAUGAGACGCUGUCAGUUAGCAGUGUGAUUGUGGAACAGACUGACACAUUCACCUGGUCAGAGACGAGCGACUUUGUGCAGCUUAUCAUUCCCACGUCCCACAUUCAACAGAAAAAGGAGUGCAUUGGUCAAGAAGGUGAGAAACUUCAGCAAAAUUUCUACAAGAUAGACGCUGUUCUCACCUUUAAAGAGACAAAUCACAAAAUGCUCUGGACCAUGGAAAACACCUCACCAUGUUCAGAGAUGUUAAAGUCACAUUUGAUGCACGAUGACCCAAAAGAAGCUAAUUUCACAACACAUUCUGCUGAGGGGAUUACAGAUGAGCCAGCUGAUUUCAACAAAGAGUUUACUCCUUUCGUGCCACUAAAGACUAUAUCUACAGUAUCACAGACAGCAGAUGAAGAAACCAGCAUAAUACCAACCCAACAAAUCCAAACAACUGAGGCUCUUAGUACAUCAUCUCGUCUUUCACCAUAAAUGGAGAUGGUGGAAAAAAGUGACUGCAGUUAUACUUUACAGCCUAAAACAGGACAGAGACUUCUCCAGUGUCAACUGUGAGGGGCCAUAAUGCACAACGGAUGGAAAUGCAGGUACCAACUCCACAUAUGUCAGUGAUUUUCCAUACAACAUGAUUACAAUUGGUAGUCCAUUAAUCACUGCAGAUGUAAUCACAAUUUGAAAUACAGCUACACAUUUAAGCACCAUUUUCACUCAGACUGGGAUUUACAACACAACAGUCAAGUGGACCCAUGCAUCUUUUCCAUUGACAAGCAAAGUGCCAUUGGAAUCACAUGUGGGGAAUGAUUACAUCUAAGACUGUGUUGGUCAUGCCAGUUAAAAACAAGCUACUGUCUCAGAACUCUCUCAGCUGUGUGUGUUUCCUCUCAGAAGUAAACGUGGAACAGUAAUACAUUUUGUAUCUAGCAUAAAACAUUUGUUUUAAUUCUCAAGUUGUUCACCAACUAUCCCUGUCGCUAAUCGAAAAGACAGAAAGUGUCUUACAGUUUAGCAAUUUCUGUUUAACAAUUGCCAUAAUGUAAUAUUAUAGUAUCUUUUAGAACAGCCUCUGUAAUCUUUUUGUACUGUAUGAUUAUUUAGGUGUAUUUAGAGCUAUAAAGAUUGUUUAUUUAUUAUGUGGUUCACUAAUUGGUCAGUCGUGGCAUUCAGUAGUCUGAAAUUUUCUAAUACUCACGGUCAGCCAUAUAUUGCUGCAUAUCAUUCUGAUUAUCUGUGAAACUGAAACCGGUGUCGUGAGAACUCCGGUCUUCUCUUGAAAUCUGGUUUCAAUCAACUAUUAGUUAAUAGAUAUGCU